AACUCACACACAAACAAAAAAAAAUAGAAUAAGGAUGGGUUUCAUUGGUAAGAGUGUUUUGUUAACUCUCUUAUCACUUUGCUGCUUCACUUCCUCUGUUUUCACUACAGCUCUUCCUCCGAUCAAACUACCAUCACUCGCACCGGCCAAAGCUCCGAUCAAACUACCAACUCUCCCACCGGCCAAAUCUCCGAUCAAACUACCGACUCUUCCACCGGCCAAAGCUCCGAUUAAGCUACCAACUCUCCCACCGGCUAAAGCUCCGAUCAAGUUACCAACUCUCCCACCGGCUAAAGCCCCGAUCAAGCCUCCGGUUUUCCCACCGGUUUACCCUCCUAAGUUCAUCAGGACUCUAGUGGCCGUGCGGGGAGUGGUCUACUGCAAAGCCUGCAAGUACGCCGGCGUAAACAACCUCGAAGGCGCCAAACCCGUUAAAGAUGCGGUGGUGAGACUUUUGUGCAAGAACAAGAAGAACUCGAUAUCGGAGACAAAGACAGACAAGAACGGAUACUUCUUGCUCUACGCCCCCAAGACGGUGACCAACUACGCCAUCAAAAACUGCCGAGCUUACCUCGUGAAGUCACCGGACGCCAAAUGCAGCAAAGUGUCGAAGCUCCACGGUGGAUACAUGGGCUCCGUUCUAAAGCCGGUCGUGAAACCGGAAAAUUCCACCAUCAUCUUCAACAAGCUCACGUACGGUCUUUUCACCGUUGGUCCAUUCGCAUUCGAGCCUGUUUGCCCCAAAUGAGAUGGUUUUCAUAAUAUAGCUAGUUAAACUUUUAUUAUGCUGAUUGAGCACACAGUUUAGUGAUUGUGUUUAAAUAAUGUAUCAGCUUGGGUUCUCUUUAUAUGGGCUUUUGUGUUAUUAGUGUGUCUUUCAAAUUAUAUUUCUUUGAAUAAAAAACAGUAACGUUUACAUAUGAACUUAUAUCUCUCUUUGAGAGUUUGACUAUCUAUUGUGGCCCGAACUUAUAUCUCUCUUUGAGAGUUUGACUAUC